AUGCUUUUCGAAAGUUUUGAUCUGGUUUCUGCGCUGGCUACCCUUGCUGCAUGCCUGGUAUCAUUGACUCUGCUCUUGGCAGUGUCCCGGCAGCUGCGCCGGGCAGCCACUCGGGACAAAAGCUGCAAGUUACCGAUCCCUAAAGGGUCUAUGGGAUUCCCCUUAAUCGGAGAAACGUUCCACUGGCUGCUCCAGGGAUCCUGCUUCCAAUCGUCCAGGAGGGAGAAAUUUGGCAACGUCUUUAAGACUCACUUGCUGGGACGCCCCUUAAUCCGGGUGACCGGCGCCGAGAACGUGCAGAAGAUCCUGAUGGGAGAGCACCACCUGGUGAGCACGGAGUGGCCCCGGAGCACCAGGAUGCUCCUUGGACCCAACACGGUGGCCAGCUCCAUCGGGGACAUCCACAGGCACAAGAGAAAGGUAUUCUCCAAAAUCUUCAGCCACGAAGCUCUGGAGAGUUACCUCCCGAAGAUCCAGCUGGUGAUCCAGGAUACUCUCCGGAUGUGGAGCAGCACCCCGGAGCCCAUCAACGUCUAUUACGAGGCGCAGAAGCUCACCUUCCGCAUGGCCAUCCGUGUCCUGCUGGGCUUCUGCAUCUCUGAUGAGGAGCUCACCCGACUCUUCGAGGUCUACCAGCAGUUUGUGGAGAACGUCUUCUCGCUGCCCGUGGAUCUGCCCUUCAGUGGCUACAGGCGGGGGAUCCGAGCUUGGGAGAUUUUGCAGAAGGGGCUGGAGAAAGCCAUUCGGGAGAAGCUGCAGAACACGCAGGGCAAGGACUAUUCCGAUGCCCUGGACAUCCUGAUAGAAAGCGGCAAGGAGCACGGCAAAGAGCUGACCAUGCAGGAGCAGGGUCUUGUGCAUCUCCGGGGAAGCUCAGCCUUGGGUCAGUUCCUCCCUUAA